CUCUCCACGGGCUCCAGGUCCGUCCUCGCCGCCCUGGCGUCGAAAGUGAAACGCAUCAACGGGAGAUACGAGAGGUUUUUGGAAAGGACCUUCCCCCGUUUCUACGUGCUGUACGCGACUUUCACCAAAGGAAUCCAAGCGCUCUUCCUGGAAGUCAAAGAAAUAAGAAAAAUCAAAUCUAAAAUGGCCCAUCAGAGACUGAGCGUUCAGCAACUUCCCUACCGGGAGAUGGAGAGGCUGCGGCAGUUUCGCAGGGACGUGAUCAAGGCCAUUCCCAUCGGAAUUAUCGCCAUCCCGCCCUUCGCCAACUUCUUGGUCAUCGUCCUGAUGUAUUUCUUCCCACGCCAGCUCCUCAUCCGUUACUUCUGGACCCCCAACCAGCAGAUUGAGUUCCUGGACGCCUAUGACGCCAUCCGGCGAGACUUGUAUCCGGAUGUAGUGAAGAGUUUAGCCCUGGCAGCGCGUUCCCUGCCCGAGCCGCAGCUCCAGAAACGCCUGCAGGAGCUCUGCGCCGAGGUGCAGCGAGGUUCCCAGCCACGCGUGGCCGAGCUCUACGCCGUGAGACGUUUGUUUUCGGGAUCUCCGUUGGGUCUGAACAAGCUCCAGGUCUCUCACGUG